GGAUGGCUGCCCAAUAUUCUGCUCACUACCUCAGUGGAUGGUAUAUGUCGUUUAUGGCUCGAAGCAACUCCCGAAUUUCGUCCCUCCGGCACCAAUUCCGAUGUAGCCGACCUUCUGCCAUUCAUCAACACCACAGUACUGCCAUCGCCCGACCUACCAACCUUGAGUUCGGAAGCUACUCCCCCACUCAAACAUCGACAGCAACCUGGGCAUAGUGUGGCAACAGCAGGUACAGCUACCGCAAUCAGCAGCAACCGUCAAUUACAGUCGCCUAGCUCCUCAGAAUUUUCAGUACCAUUUCGAACUGAACCUGUGUCGCCCUCUCGAAGUGCUAUGCCUACUUGGAGGGCAAGCUUCUCUCUUUCAUCAGAAAAUACGGAAUCCACUGUAAAUAACUCAGACACCACAGAUAGCUUCGUCUCCAUCCUUGUGCCAUGGGUUAUGAUGGUGCAUCCGGUUCUUAGACAAUUUUUGCGUCUCUGGUAA